CCGGUGAAGACGUGGUAGUUGAUUACUGGGCCAAGUGUCAAUGGCGUCAACUAACAGCUGCUCUGAUUUCUCCCUCUUGCAAAAGGUAGGGGCGGAGUUCAUUGGAACAUACAUAAUGCUAUUCUCCGCAGCGGCGGCACCCAUUCUGAACGAGAAAUAUCAGGCGGCGGAGAACGGCCUGAUGACGAGUGCGAUAUGCGCAGGACUCGCGGUGAUGGCCGUAAUCCUCUCAAUCGGUCACAUCUCCGGCGCUCACUUGAAUCCCUCCGUCACUGUAGCCUUCGCCGCUCUCCGUCACUUUCCAUGGCUUCACGUCCCGCUCUAUAUCAUCGCUCAGAUUUCCGGAUCUAUUUCCGCCGCUUUCAGCCUCAAGAUCGUCUUCCGUCCGUUCAUGUCCGGCGGCGCCACCGUGCCCUCCGUCGGCACCGGUCAGGCCCUCGUGAUCGAGUUCAUCGUCACAUUCUUCCUCAUGUUCGUCAUUGUUGCUGUCGCCACUGAUACCAGAGCGGUCGGGGAAUUGGCCGGAAUUGCAAUCGGAGGCAUGGUAAUGCUCAACAUUCUCGUCGCCGGGCGCGCAACCGGCGGUUCGAUGAACCCGGCGAGGACCUUAGGCCCAGCCAUCGCUACAGAAAAUUUCAAAGGUCUAUGGAUAUACAUAGUAGCACCCACAGCCGGAGCAGUGGCUGGGGCAGCCGGCUACACAGCCGUGAAGCUCCGGCAAGACACGGCAGCGGAAUCAGCGCGGCAAGAUGAAGGAAGCCUCAGCCGACGGGGAGAAAGCUCGCAAGCGGUGGUCCCGUCGAGAUCCAGUGGAAACUCGGCAUGGAAGCUGGACGGCGGUUCGUGGCUGUGUUUAGGCGGAGAGUGCAGGAAGGAGUGCUCGGAAUUGGAGCAUUUGAAUGUGAUUCUGUGUUACAAGGAAGCUAAUCAGAUCGCAGAAUUUCUGAGUAAGAACGAAGCAGACGACGAGGGUUUGGUAUAAGGUUGGGUUUUAUAUUUAAUCUAUACCCUAAUGUUUAUCUAAGAUUGCGACUUUGUUAUUUAUUAAAUCAAACAUGUAACAUUGAGAAAUAAGUAAAGAAUAUUUUUCCUAAUAAUGGAAAUCCCACAUUUUUCUUACCCAAAAUAGGGUAUGGAAUUCCAACACCUUAUAAAGUGGGGAAUAAAUUCACAUGUGAAAAAUUUCCAAUAACCCUUCAAGACCUCCAACUAACCCUAGUGCUUCGAGUCAUUGCCAUCCCCAAUUUUGGUAAUAAAUUCUCGUUUUGCACAUGCCCAUUUGCUUAGAACUUAAACGUGUUGAUAUUUUUUGACAGUUUAAAGGUCUCUUAUUGCCUAAAACCAUAAACAGCUCUGUUUUCCUCUCUUUACAUAUCAUUUUUAGAGGUCUUAUUGGGACAGAAAACAAAGAAAAAAAUGGUUAAGGGAAUUGGCAUUUGGCAAAUGGGAAGGGAGUUCAGUUUGGAGCUUUGUCUUUGGCCAUCUUCUUCUGCUUCAGAACCAACCUUCCAAUUCUCUGCAAUUCCCAUGAUGGCUAUGCCAUUGAAUCAUCAGAAGCAGAUCAUGGUUUUCAAUAAUGGAACAGCUUCAGUCUGUGACUUCACUGAACUCCAGGUACGAGCCAUAUUAGGGAUAGCAAGCCAAGAGAGGAAUAGCAGCAAGAGCCAAUGGUGGAGCAACCCAGAACGGUUGAGUCUGCAAAUGCCCAAUGGGAAUGCAGGUUUCUCCAUUAAGAAAUCUCUUCAGCGAUUCCUACAAAGGAGAAACACCAGAAGAAUUCGAUCCAUGUCUCCAUAUCACAAACAAUGUACCUAAUUCAAAGUUNAUGCCUCCCAACCUCAUCAAACAAUCAAUCAAUCAAAGAAUUCUCAUUUGCAA